AUGGAUCCUCGGCACCAGUGUUGGAUGGAGCCCCCCCUGCAGAUGGUACCAACUGGGGCAGAGACCGAAGUAUCAGAUUUUAUGGAAGAUUACCGGAAGAUUUUUCAAGAAGAUGAUUUCAGCACUGUAGAUUCCUGGUUUCUGCCAGAAAAUGAGAUGGACCAGCAGCUGCCAAGCUGGACUGGCAGGAGUUUCCUAGCCGAACUUGAAGGGUUUGACAAAGAAACGCCAUUCUACUACACAGCUGGCUUGAAAGGUUUCCCUGAGUACACAAGCACCACAGUGGAGUUGACACAAGACUCUUCCUGCUUGGAUUACAGGGGAAUGUAUAACAGAGCCUCUAGGCCUCCUGCACUCCAUCCGGACGGUGUCCUGACAAGCCCCGAGGACUGCUGCCACGGGGCCCACCUGGAGCCCGCACCGUCUCCUGCGUACCUCUCCUCGGAAGAACAGCAAGCUCCAUCCCAGCCGCUGCCUGGAGGUCAGCAGGACGAGCAAGAGGCAGGACAAGCCUUUCUGAGGGCCAAGGAAUUCUAUAACUGGAAAACUGUGCCUGGCCCAGCCGCUCUCAGCCAGCCUAGUAUCUCAGAUGGCGAUUUGUGUCAAUGUGAGUCACCACUCAGGAUCCAGAGAAAAAGGGCAUUAAGAGGCUGGAUUGACACCCAUGUCGCCAACACUUCUCAUACAGAUCGGACAGGUUCUGGUCCCAUCCAGCUGUGGCGUUUUCUGCUGGAACUGCUCCAGGAUGGUUCGUGCCAGGCGUUCAUCUGCUGGACAGGGAAUGACUGGGAGUUUAAACUGUGUGACCCCCACGAGGUGGCAAGGCGCUGGGGUAAGCGGAAGAACAAGCCCCGCAUGACCUACGAAAAACUGAGCCGGGGGCUGCGCUAUUACUAUCAUAAGAACAUCAUUCACAAGACCAGUGGGCAGCGCUAUGUGUACCGCUUUGUCUGUGACAUCCACAGCCUGCUGGGAGAACUGGCUGAGAAGCUGCUAAGCCAGAGAAUAUCAACACCAUAAAAGGGGGUCUACGGGAGAAGCACGGCAGCUGUUCUGCGGACUUUUCCAGCUCCUUCAGCUUAGUCUAACAGCAAGGCGGACAAGUCUGUGCGAUGUUGGUGCCCCCGUUCCCCCACCCGCCAGCUGGAGCUGCUGCUGACCAGGGUUAACAGGAGCUGCAAGGAGACAGGCUGGUCGCCGGCACGCGCACACUGGAGCUCUGGCAGAAUUCGGCAGAGAGAGAUGGGGAGUUGUCUUUUCCCAUCCAAGCAGCAGUUAGUGGGGCUGCGAAGACUUCAGCUGCACACGCUGGCAGGACUUCAUCGGAAACAGACUGCCUGGAUAGCUAAAUACACCCUUUCUUUAGGCAAGUGUAAUUUUGGGGGGUUUAUGGAUGUGUGAACGUGCAGACACAUGAAAAUGCGUUGUCUCCCUUGCUCAACUUUUUAACCCAUUAAA